UGAGCUACUGGGAUGCCAGCCUACUCUGGCAGGGAGCAUGAAGCAGGUGCACUUGCUGCUGGAGCGUGGGUGCUCAGGGCUUGAGUGUGCAUUGGCUUUCAUCUCUUCUUCCUUCUCUUCUUCUUCUUCUUCUUCUUUUUAAGAUUUAUUUAUCUAUUUGAAAGGCAGAGUUACAGAGAUGCAGAGGCAGAGAGAGAGAGAGAAAGGUCUUCCAUCUGCUGGUUACUCCCCAGAUGGUAGCAACAGCUGGAGCUGCACCAAUCCGAAGCCAGGAGCUUCUUCUGGGUCUCCCACGCGGGUGCAGGGGCCCAAGGACUUGGGCCAUCUUCCACUGCUUUCCCAGGCCACAGCAAAGAGCUUGAUCAGAAGUGGAGCAGCCGGGACUCAAACCGGUGUCCAUAUGGGAUGCCGACACCACAGGCAGCGGCUCCACCCGCUAUGCCACAGCACCAGCCCCUUUCAUCUCUUCUUAAUCAGGGAGAGGGGACGGCAACCAGACUCAUGCUCCUUUUUCCCACACCACUGAUUCACUAACAAGCACCGGUCCCUCUCGUUACUGAGGGUACUGCAGGUAAGCCGGGCAGAGGAUGGAUGGCUGUUUCUGUCCCAGUGCACUGUGCCCUUUCCUAACAACAAUGAGGUCGCCUCUAGGUCUCAGUUUCCCUGUCCUUAAAAUGGAGAGGGAAUGGGCUUUGGAAAUGGGAAGGAAGUUGUAGUGUUCACGGACUCUCAGACCCCAGCAAGUGAUGAAGAGGGAGAGGGGCCUGGCAGGACAAAGAAUCUGUAAGUGGGCCAGAAAGGCUGUGAGGCCUGGGGCUCAGCCUCGCUCUGUGGGCUCCCAGUAUGCCAGCUCUCAGGGUACCCGAUGGCCUCCUCCUCCUACAAAGUCACUCUCUCCCCAACAACCCUUCCCAGGAGGGUGCCCACCCCAUGCCCGGCUGGGAAACCAGCGCCCGACCAACUGACAACUUCAGAAAUGGGGAGAAGGGGAAAGGAGGAAGAACAAGGUAGAGUGAGUCCUGCAUCAGGCCCGCAGGAGGGAGGAGCGUUUCCCUACCUGAGGGUGCUGGCCUCUCCCCUUGUUUGCUCUGAGAUAGCUGUCUCGCUCCUGCCCAGCGCCGGGUGGCUGCCCUGCGGGCACUCCCUUCUCCAGACCUGGGCUCCCAGACUGACCAACAGACGACGGCAGGACGGCAGGACGUGGCAUGGCUGGGCUCCCGGGGCCUUUCCUCUGUGGGGCCCUGCUGGGCUUCGCAUGCCUAAGUGCCCCGGGGCUAGCAGUGGAGGUGAAGGUGCCAGCUGAGCCUCUGAGCGCGCCCGUGGGCCACACUGCCGAGCUGACCUGCAGCUACAGCACGUCGGUGGGAGACAACUUCGCCCUGGAGUGGAGCUUCGUGCAGCCGGGGAAGCCCAUCUCGGAGUCUCAUCCCAUCCUCUACUUCACCAGUGGCCAUCUGUAUCCCACCGGUUCUAAGGCCGAGCGGGCCAGCCUGCUCCAGAACCCCCCCACAGGAGGCGUGGCCACCCUGAAACUGACGAAGGUGCGGGCCUCGGACACCGGGACCUACCUCUGCCAAGUUAACAACCCGCCAGAUUUCUACACCAAUGGGUUGGGGCUGAUCAACCUUACUGUGCUAGUGCCCCCCAGUAGACCCCUAUGCAGCCAGAGCGGGCGGACCUCUGUGGGAGGCUCUGUGGCCCUGAGAUGCACCUCUUCCGAGGGAGCUCCCAAGCCAGUGUACAAUUGGGUGCACCUUGGAUCUUCUCCGACACCGCCUCCUGGAAGUGCGGUUCAAGAUGAAGUGUCUGGCCAGCUCAUUCUCACCAAUCUCUCCAUGAGCUCCUCGGGCACCUACCGCUGUGUGGCCACCAACCAGAUGGGCAGUGCGUCUUGUGAGCUGACCCUCACUGUGACCGACUCCUCCAGUGGUCGAGUGGCCGGGACUCUGAUUGGGGUGCUCCUGGGAAUUCUGCUGCUGUCGGUUGCUGUAUUUUGUCUGCUCAGGUUCCAGAAAGAGAGGAGGAAGAAGCCCAAGGAGACAUAUGGGGGCAAUGACCUUCGGGUGGAUGCCGUUGCCCCUGGGAUUUCUGAGCAAACUUCUCUGCCAGCGGAUGCUAGUACAGGGCUCCUGGAGAGGUCCCCGUCUGCCAGCACUGUGACGACCACCAAGUCCAGGCUCCCCAUGUUGGUCUGACUUCUUCAAUCCCCGAGAGCAGCGAGGGAAACAUCAAUAAAGUCUUUGGGUACCAUAUUGUCUCCCUCUUCUUGCAGCGGCUACGGCAAAUUCCUCUAGGCAGCCCAGAUUGUUAUCAUUAGUAAAAGACGUGCGAGAGAGGAUGCUGUAUAGGCAGGAAGCU